UGCCAGGGCGGGGUCAGUGACGUUUUACCUCCUGAUUGGCUGCAGCAGUAGAGGGGAAGCAAUAUGGCGGGGACAACGCUGAGUAGAGCGUGGUUGCGGGUUGGUGCAGUGUCCGGGGCUCUGGCGGUGACUGCUGGGGCUUAUGGUGCACACGGUAAUAGGGGGCUGCCUCAUCUACCCCACCUGAAAAAGCUGUACGCGACUGGAAAUCAAUACCACUUUCUGCACAGCCUGGCGUUAUUAGCAGUACCGCACUGCAGGCGCCCUCUGCUGGCCGGAUCUCUUCUAACAUCCGGGAUGGUUCUUUUCUGUGGCACGUUUUAUUACCAUGCCUUGUCUGGGGAUCCUUCUCUUACUGUGGCGGCACCGUACGGGGGAACCCUCCUUAUCUUGGGAUGGGCUGCUAUGGCCCUCUGAGAAGAUAUAACCUGACCUUUAUCCGGAGCAAUAUGUUGUGUAUAUACUGUAAAAGGAAAAUGAAAGAAACCUUUUUAAUAAAUAAAUUUAUUUACAAGUUA